UACCAAGCAAUGGGACACCCAACACAGCCGUUCAGCCCAGUAGAAACAACCUUGUUCCCAGGGAGGGGAUGCAGUGGAGUCGUCCAUCGUCAAGCUUGCCCCUUAUGGACAAACACUGUGCUGUACCCUCACAGUACCCUCUAUACGAAGUCCUAGCUGGCCAGGCUGAGUACGCCCAGGUCUGCAUUUGCAACCAUCCAGACCAAGUCAAGACAAGCCAGUAAGCCAGGGCUGAACCACGCUUGGGCUUGCCGUAGCAAUGAGACCAGGGAAGACGAUGGAACUCCAGUUGGACCUGUUUUCUUUGUUUCCUCUGCUUCUGUCAUCCCCCACCCCCGUCUUACCAUAUACAAAGAUAUUGGAAUUAACCCUCUAAUAAAACCACCUCGCUUUUGCUUUUUUGCUUGUGCUGCAGUUUGCUUCGUUUCUCUGUCCUCAGGGACUUAUUGUCCCAAGAUACCAAAUCGGCCGUUUGGAAUAGAGUCUGACCUGGACUGGCCUGACCACGCUCGACAAACAAGUAUAAACGAGUAUCAACGAAAUCGAACGAUUCUCGACACAGGACCCGGUCUUGAAACUAUUUUCAACUUCAACGUGCUUCCCUUGAGAAGUGGACGAGAGAUCUAAAAGAACCUGUUUGAUUUGGAUAUACCACCAAUCGCCAACACAUACAUAACUGCUGAUCUACCUACCCCAAGAUGGAACAAAUAGCCAACCAAAUUGAUCGGGACGAUACGGGCGACAUUGUGAAGGAUAUGCAAAAUGCCCCUUCUUCUACCAAUAUCAAUUUUCCAUUGUCCUCCAGCAGAGGCGACUCGGACGGUGUUGUUGGCGGCUCAGGCAACGGCAACACAGGCGUGGGAGGGGGGGGUUCGAGCUCACAGACCAAAGUCAUUGUCUUCAACUCCACAAACUUCGAGGACGGUUAUGUUUUUCAGCUCAAGGAUAGCGACCAGAACAAAAAGAUAAUCGGCUUUUCCAAAACCGACCCCAAAACCACUCUCGAUGUGGUCCAAUGGCAGGUUAUCAACGACGAAAACAUCCAGGCUUUGGGUGAUGCCGAAUUUAGCGAUGCGAAGGCCCAGGGACAACUCAUAGAUGUGGGCAACAAUUCUGUGACGCUCAACUUUACUGGCCAAACCGCGAAAUAUUACGGAAAAGAGAUGUACAUCCAAAUUGACUGGAAGAAGGACGGAGCUUCAGGCUCCACCAAAACAGAGCUCUUCACUGUCACCAAUACCGACAACACAACUGAGAUCGCUGAACUAGACACCCAGCUCAAAGAGGAUAAUAGUCAACAGGGGACCUUGGAGUCUACCGCUUCCUCAUCCUCAUCGGCAACAGCCACUCUUUCACCUUCGUCGACUUCAGGGGCUGAAGAGAGUUCCGGCGGCGGCGGGGGGCUCUCAACCGGGGCAACUGCUGGCAUUGCCGUUGGUGCCGUCAUUGGUGGUCUUCUAAUCAUCGGUGCUCUGGUAUGGUUCUUUCUUCGUCGGCGUCGACGCAGCAAGAAGGCUGGUGAUGAGUAUGUCACACAGCAAACAUACGCAGUGGACAAGGAAACUCAUGGCCGCGCUACCGACUCACCCAACUCGCCCUACUCAGAUGAAAACCAUAUGCAACCUGUUGCUCUCGGUAGCCUCGACCGAGAUCGUGGUGUCGCUCCAACUCCUCCACCCGGCGCCGUGCCUCGUUCAUCCAUCGGGUCCCAUGAUCGUGCAGCACACAGCGGUGCUCAGACACCCCAGGGCAUGCCCUCCAACGUGGCUCAUUUGGUCGAAGAUGGUAUGACAGUCGAUGAAAUCCGAAGAUUGGAGGAAGAGGAGCGGCAACUGGAUGAUGAAAUCGAGCGUGCCGCAAGACGUUAGUGCCGCUUCGCAUGGGCAAAAGCCAUCUGUAGACCAGAGGAACCCAGGUCCCGUUGAAGGCAUUGGCUCCUGAUGCGGGUGUGUUAUGGGGUUUGGAGUUUUGGAUUUUAUUAUAUCUUGUUCUUACGCUUUGUUUCUUGGGUCGCCUACGGAGCCUGCUUAGUUUUGUCCAUCGUAGCGGUGCUGUGUAUUCUCGGCUUGCUGACGGCAUAGCUAGUCCGUUAUUGAUCAGAUGCAGGCCUACCCAGAGAGAUACCACAGGUUUCUUUUGACAUGUUGACAAAGGCUCUAAGCCUUUCACGAUAUCUUGCAUCAAGUUUGCUCGUUACAGCGGUCAUGGAAACAUGGAAUUUGGUGCUAUCAUAAACACAAUUAGCGGCCAAAUGUCGAGAGCGUCAAGCAAUCCUCAUAGCGAGAGCGAUUUAGUUAGGUUGUGCAUGAUUGACCCCAAAACGGUAACUGAUCAAGCUAUUAUUCAUACAUUUCUCACCCACAGGCGAUGUGAAACUGCAAAUCGUCGUCGAAAACUCGCACCCAGUGAUCAAGAAACCAACCCUGCAAUUUUAAUUUACAAUUUCAACGACUCAUACCGGGCAUCAAUGUCUUCCUCGCAAAGCCCUAACACAAAACACAGGCCAAGUUCCCCUUUUUUGUCCAGUCAAGGGGAGUGACGGUUAGGCAAG